GAAGUGACUUACAUGAAUAAUUGGGGACAAUCCAACCAGCAGUUUUUCAGAAGAACCAAUUUCCGAGGAUACGAGCUAUCUGUUGUCGUAUGUAGGUGUUCGUCUGCUUUAUAAGUGGAAUCGUUGGCAGAGCCAGCAAUAUUUGGCACGUCUGGAGAACUGCAAACAUGUCUCUACAAGCGGCCCUGUUUGUACUGCUGACUCUGUGGGCCGCGGCUACUGCAGUGUGCCCACCCCAGGUUAUGUGUCGAAUGUACUGUCCUGGUGGAUAUGUCCAGGACGAAAAUGGCUGUGAUACGUGUGCGUGUGCUGGGGAGGAAGAGUCCAAAUGUCCCCCUAAACCGAUGUGUAUGAUGUUUUGUCCUAAUGGAUUCGUUAAAGACGAAAAUGGUUGCGACCUGUGCCGAUGUGCCGAAAUCAAAUGUCCUCCAAAACCAAUGUGCAUGAUGUUUUGUGAAAAUGGAUUCGCUAAAGACGAAAAUGGCUGCGAUCUAUGUAAAUGUGUAGAGUCCAAAUGUCCCCCCAAACCGAUAUGUAUGAUGUUUUGUCCAAAUGGAUUCGUUAAAGACGAAAAUGGCUGCGACCUGUGCCAGUGUGUCGAACCGAAACUUAAAUGUCCACCUAGAUCUCACUGUAGGAGGUAUUGCAAACAUGGAUUUCUCAAAGACGAAAACGGAUGUAACCUUUGUCGGUGCAAAGAAGCAGAUUCCGAAUGCCCCCCACAAGUCAUGUGCAGGAUGCACUGCGAACACGGGUUUAUGACAGAUGACAAAGGAUGUCAGCUUUGCAGGUGUAAAGAACCGAAACUUAAAUGUCCAGCUAGAUCGUAUUGUAGGAGAUACUGCAAACAUGGAUUUCUAAAAGACGAGAACGGAUGUAAUCUUUGUCGGUGCAAAGAAGCAGAUACCGAAUGCCCUCCACAAGUCAUGUGCAGGAUGCACUGCGAACACGGGUUUAUGUCCGAUGACAAAGGAUGUCAGCUUUGCAGAUGUAAAGAACCUGAAUCUCGAUGUCCACCACAAGUCAUGUGCAGGAUGUUCUGUGAACAUGGAUUCAUGACAGACGAAAACGGCUGUCAACUCUGCAAAUGUAAAGAAAGCAAAUGUCCUCCUAAACCGAUGUGCAUGAUGUUUUGUCCCAAUGGAUUUGAGAAAGAUGAGAAUGGAUGCGACCUUUGUAAAUGCAAAGAAAAUUCCUGUCCCCCGCAGGUGAUGUGUAGGAUGCAAUGCUCUGAAGGGUUUGCUCUUGACGAGAAUGGCUGUCAAGUCUGCAGGUGCAAAGGUACUCAGUGUCCUCCCAUGGCCUCGUGCAGAAAGAGUUGUCCCGAUGGCUUCAAAAAGGACAAGAAGGGAUGUGAUAAAUGUAAAUGUAAAAAAGUUCACAAGUGUCGCCAAAAAGCGUGUAACCUCCAGUGUCCGUUUGGAAAAAAGAAAACACGCAAAGGGUGUGAACGUUGCAAGUGUCAGUGGCCAAGCAAAGAAGCGUUGACAAAGCACUGCGAUUCGAUAAAGGUGGCGUGUCACAAAGCCUGCCCUAAUGGCUUCAAGAAAGAUAAAAUGGGUUGUGAGACCUGUCGAUGUAAGCGCAACAAGAAGCAACGCGGGCGAGGGCGACGUAAAUCGAGAAAAUCCAGGAAGGUGAAGAGAACGUCGUUUAAAGGCGCAACGAAAUUAUUUUAAAUGCACGGGCAUCAUUAAACAACGUGGACGGGAACAAGGGAAUCAAUAAAAUGUAAUGAAACCGAAGGACGAAAUUAAUUACUUCAAGAAACUGUUGAUUUAUUCUGGUAUUUUUGAGGUCAUAAAUAUUUAACAUCGG